CCCCUCGACGCCUUCCAAAAUAAUCGCGCUUUGUGUAUCCAACAUGUCUGCGCCCGUGGAGGUAGUUCUGUCUGCAGAUUCAGCGGGGCAGCUGUUUAACUGCGCGGUUUUCGACCCUCACUCCGGGUCAGAAUUCUUGUCCUAUCGCGGGGGUAACACGUCCUCCAGGUCUUUAACGGUCCUGAACGGAGAAUACAUAUUAGGAGCUCAACUCGGCAAGAACUUCAUAAACGUGUGGGAGAUCCAAAGAAAGGACCAGCUACAGCAGAAGAUUGUGUGUCCUGGGAUUGUAACGUGUCUCUGUGCGUCUCCUGAUGGCCUCUAUGUCCUGGCAGGCAUUGCUGAAGCUAUAUACCUGUGGGAGAUGUCAACAGGAAAUUUGCUGGCUAUUUUGAGUCGACACUAUCAGGACGUGAGUUGCAUCCGUUUCACUGAUGACAGCAGUCAUUUUGUGUCAGGAGGGAAAGACAAUCUGGCUCUCAUAUGGAAUCUCUCCAGCGUUGUUCAGUUGGAUUCGUCCCGCACACCAGAACCGUGCCACAUUCUUUCCCGCCACUCCCUCCCCAUCACCGACAUCCACUGUGGCCUGAUGGGACCACAAGCCCGUGUUGCCACCGCAUCCCUGGACCAAACCGUUAAGGUCUGGGAAGUUUCCUCUGGGGAGAUGCUCCUGUCCGUCCUCUUCGACGUCGCCAUCAUGUCAGUGACCUUUGACCCCUGCGAGUAUUUCCUAUUCUGCGGAGGCAGUGAUGGCAAUAUUUUUCAGGUGUCUCUCUGCAGCACGAGUUUAAGCCGGGAUAAAACCUUCCAGACAGACAGCGACGGCAAUCAGGUGUUCAAAGGACACAGAAAUCUGGUGACAUGUCUGUCUGUGUCCAUGGACGGGACCGUCCUGCUGUCCGGCUCCAACGACGAGACUGUCAGGAUGUGGGACGUUCAGAGCAAGCAGUGCAUAUGGUCCAUCAACCACAAGGGUCCCGUGACCAAUGCUGUUAUCAUACCAGCACCUGCCAACAUGUUCCUUGCUGACAGUCAUCCAGCCGUCCCACUGCCACGGUUCAGUCGCCACCUGAACCCCUCUGAGCAGGGUGACGGCACGGGCUCCGGAGGCAUGUGUCUGAGACUGCGAGCCAACACACAGGAGCCAGAGGGGACGUAUUUGGAGAAGGCAGACGAGCUCUACUCUCUGAUGUGUGCUGUCACUGACAAGGUAAGCAGGGAAGUUCACUGCUGCUGUUGUGAGUCAGUCGUUACUGUGAGCUGAAUUUUAGCAAGGCUU